AUGGCACAACCAGUAAUUAUACCAUCGAAGAGCCAAGCUUCAUGGAAGGGCUUCAACAUUAAAAACAAACUUCGAGGUGAAAAUCUUUCAGUAAAUGUGAUGGUCGCACCGGUCAAUCCUGAUUGGAAGGAGAAGAGAGAUGGUAGUUCUUCUUCCCGAUAUCAGAUAAAAGGCCAGUGGACAGGCGAAGAAGACAGGAGACUGAUUAGCUUAGUACUUCAAUUUGGAUUGGGGAAAUGGGUUGUAAUAGCUAAAGAAAUGGUUGGUAGAGUGGGAAAACAGUGUCGCGAGCGAUGGAAUAAUCAUCCGCGUCCUCAUAUCAAGAAGGACGUUUCGACUGAAGAUGAAGAGAGAUGGUUAAUUCAAGCACAUGAAGGACAAGGAAAUCGAUGGGCGGAGAUAGCUAAGUACAUUCCUGGAAGAACUAAAUAUUCAAUAAAGAAUCACUGGAAUGCCACAAAAAGGAGGCAGAUAUCAAGGAGAAGAUAA